AUGGUGAGUUAUAGCAGGGUAGGUUUGCUCCUGCUGGCGUUGGUAUCAUAUGUGAACGGCCAACAACAAGGAAAUAACGGUGGUGGUGGUGGUAAUAAUAAUAAUAAUAAUAACAACAACAACAAUAAUAAUAAUGGUACGACGCCGACGAGAAGUUUGGGUUCGGUGGCGGUAGUCUCUAAUACUGCGACUUUUUCUACAGAUGCAAUAAGUUCCUCCAUAUUAGUGGCAUUGUCCAAUACAAGACAGCCGUUUUCGUCAUCGAUACAGCGACGUUCCUCGGAGGCAGUCUCCUCGAGGGUAAUCAGUUCCCUCAGGGUAUCGUCGUCUGUACAGAGGAGUGCCGAGAGAAGUGUUAGUAGCGUCAGCAGCAGCCGACAGCUCUCGAGUGUAAGUCGGUCUGUGUCCGCGGUGGUGAGUUCUUCAAGACCGGUACGGGCGUCUUCGAGUAUCGUGUCGUCCUUCUUUUCGUCAUCGGUAUCGUCCACGGUAUCGUCCACGGUAUCGUCAACGGUGCCCUCAAGCAGUUCAUUCUCGUCGAGUUCGUCAAGUUCGCGAGCCACUUCCUCUAGCACGGAUACCUCAGAGACGAGCACGCGGAGCACACCGAGAGACGCAUCCCGCACAAUAACGAGUGUCAUAGAGGGACAGACGAUUCUGUCGAAUUUCUACAUGACAAUGACAAUCACUCCCUCUGCGUCGUCGACGGGCACGAAGAAGUCCUCACAGGCGCACCACGGGCUCUCAUCCAAGAACAAGAAGAUUGUCAUCGGGUGCGUCGUCGGGCUGGGCGUGCCCUUUUUGAUCCUGCUAGCCGUGGUCGUGUACUUCGUGUGCAUCAAGCCAAAGAAGACGGACUUCAUCGACUCGAACGGGAACGUCGUCACUGCAUACAAGACGAACGCGAUCCUGAGACUGUGGCAUAAGAUCGUUGGGAAAAACGUCUCGUACGAGGAGUACGACUCGAAGAUCCCACUCGGUGGGGACUCCUCAGAUGAAGAGUUGUCACUAUCGCAUCACGCGGACAGCGUGGGGGACCCGUUCCGCGGUGACAGCCCGCCCACUGACAAUAACAGCAACGGUGCCGCGGGACCCAUGAGAACAUCGUCUGCGCGACAGCCCCGCUCGCACGAACUCAUGCUGGACGAGGAGAAGUACUACGAUGAGCACGGCAACGAGUUGAACGCGAAGAACUACUAG